CCUCCUCCGGCGGCAGCGUCCGUCACGUUCUGCCUGGUCCCCGCGCGGUGCAUUGUGGGUGCUUGGCGGAAUGAUGGUGGUGGCGUAGGGCCUGGCUAAGGCGAGGUGGAAGAAGGUCGUUGUUAGUUAAAAUGACGACAGCAGCAAGGCCAACAUUUGAACCUGCAAGAGGAGGAAGAGGAAAAGGUGAAGGAGACUUAAGUCAGCUAUCCAAACAGUAUUCCAGCAGAGACCUUCCUUCUCAUACUAAAAUCAAAUACAGACAGGCCACUCAGGAUGCUCCUGAGGAGGUGCGUAACCGGGAUUUCAGAAGGGAGCUGGAGGAGAGAGAACGCGUUGCUGCAAGAGAGAAGAACAGAGACAGGCAAACGAGAGAACACACAACAUCAUCAUCUUCUGUGUCUAAGAAGCCUCGGCUAGACCAGAUUCCAGCAGCAAAUCUUGAUGCAGAUGAUCCCCUUACUGAUGAAGAUGAUGAAGAUGAGGAGUUGGAAGACAGCGAUGAUGAUGACACUGCAGCUCUUCUGGCUGAACUGGAAAAAAUCAAGAAAGAACGAGCUGAGGAACAGGCUCGAAAGGAACAAGAGCAAAAGGCUGAAGAAGAAAGAAUUCGGAUGGAGAACAUCCUGAGUGGUAACCCCCUGUUGAACCUUACUGGCCCAGCACAGCCUCAAGCAAACUUCAAAGUGAAGAGGAGAUGGGAUGACGAUGUUGUCUUCAAGAAUUGUGCCAAGGGUUUGGAUGAAUCCAAAAAGGACAAAAGAUUUGUGAAUGAUACUCUGCGAUCAGAAUUCCACAAAAAAUUCAUGGAAAAAUAUAUCAAGUAGUACAGUUCUAUGUGCAGUGGUGCUGAAGGACUCGGAAGGUCGUGGGUGUACCUUCCCUUUUCCUCAGAAUGCAAGGCCGAAUACUUGGUCAUGAAUUCCCAUAUGCUUUUCCAAGAUCAUCAUCAGCUUCAUAAUUAAUAAUUGCUGUGUAUUGAGUUUUUAUUCCUGCAGUAUGUCUUCCUUUUCAGUUCUAAUUAAAUCAGUUUGUGUUUCAUUAAUGUUUUUCUGUUCACAUGCUUUUUACUGUCACAUUACUUUUUGCUAGCUGCCAGAUCAGUGGUAGAGAAAAGCUGGUUUGAAGUACUGUCAAUUGCUUAAAUUGCUUUCCAAAGGAACCUGUAUUUAUAGUGAUGCUGGUUUGUAAUUUAUGCUACUUAUGUAAACAUCAGUAAUAUCAAAGAUGGGGAGUGGCUGAGUGUGAUAAGCAGUGUGAACUGAAGAGAGCUAUACUUCCUGCAGCAAACUGGACUUCCUCUGAAUAGCUUCUUAGAAAGUUAGUUAAUAAUCUUCCUUUUUAGUUACUUUUACUCUCAACCAAGUUCCAGUUUGGGGAUAGCUCCAGGUUCUUAGCAGUCCUGCUUUCUGGACUUUCCUGGCUCAGCACUUGUGGAGCAGCACCAGGUAAUGUUUGGGGGAGGCUUGAGCAGGGGAUGCUCUGUGGAACCAUUGCAGUUUUCCUCCUUAACUGACCCCUGCAGUGCUGGGUCCCUCAACCACAGCCAUGUGGCUGCAUGGUUCAGUGUGGUUCAUUACUAAGUGUUGUCAGAAAGUUGCGAAUGCUUUUAUUAAAGGAGUGAUCUCCUCAAGAUACCCAAGUAGACUUUGUUUGUUUCUUUAAUGUCAAUUUUAACACUUACUAAGACAGUAUAAAAUAUGAAUGAAAAAUA